GAUUAAAACUCAACGAAUAGGAGUAUCGUGCCGUUCUACAAAAUUAUUUGUGUAUUUAUUUUUCUUUCUAUAUUUACUUUUCACAUAUUCUAAAAUGCUUAAAAAAUUUGUUGAAGUAAAUGCCGAAGAAAGUCCUUCGGCCAAUCCUUACGAAGUGCGCACCUAUUUGGGUGAUGUUGCUCAAACACCCGAAUGGAAAAAUGAAACCUGUCCACCACGUGAAAGGGUGUGCAAGAAGCCUCCAAAUUCAACGAUUUCCCAUGUGCUGACCAUUGAGGAUGAAAUCCGCAAGCUGCAUCAAAAGGCGGAAGAAUCACGAUUCAUUCGUCCGUUCAAGAAACGCUGUGAACUUUAUGAUGAGUUUACCAUGUGCGUGGUUCCUCAGCGUACGCCGGAGGAGUUAAAAGUGCACGCCGAGAUGCGGGAGCGCUUGUUGCUGGCACGCAAGGAUUUUGGUCUGGUUGAGCACGAUGCGCGCCACAAGCGGACCUGUCCCAAAGAUUUGGUUGUCCUUAAUAGCCCGAUGAAUGUUCAUGAGGAGGAGGAAGGAGAGCCUGAGGAAGAGGGUGGAGAAGAGGAGGAGACAGACGUCAAGCCCCAACUGGCUUCUCCCGAAUGUAGUUCCGACAUUAUCAUUAUACCCGAUAAACGAAUGCUGGAAUUAAAACGUCCCAAGAGUCGUAUUUAUUUGAAUGAAACACAAGUUGGUCCUUUGGAGGAAUUACCAUUUCCCUCAUAUAAUCCUCGUGUCAUCCAAGAGGGCUUGGAGGGUGAAAAUUUGAAAUCUUUCGAUAUCAUUGAGGGUUGUAAUCAGCAAGAUCUAUGGACCUGGAAUGUUGGCUAUCAGAAGCGUGAAGAGCAAUUGGAUGAGGAUUUCAUAGCGGCAUCUUUGCCCAAAUAUGAAAACGACGGCGAGCUAACCGUAUAUAAUAUACCCAAAGAAUUGGAUAAGACAUUUACGGCGGAAAUUGUAUUUGGUAGUCGAAAUAUCUAUCCCGAUGACAAGAAAGAGGACAAUCGCGUAAGCUAUUAUUUCCGACCGAGUGAAGUGGCCUGCAUUAUUAUAGCCUAUGUGGAGAGUUUUCGUUUGAAUCCAGAUUUCUGGACAGCCGGCACCAUGGAUAGCAUAUUGAAGCGUGGAGUUAAGCUAACGAAAAAAAGUAUUGCCUACAAUUAUAAAUCGGAAACCAAUGAUUUCGAUAUAAUACCACAAGUGGAUGAUCGUCAAGCUUCGGUGGACAUAAAGAUACAUUUCUCGGGGCUAUUGAAAAACGAACCGAAUAUGUUCAAGGCCCUCUCGCUGUUCUUUUCGAAAUAUAACUCUUGUAUAUUCGUAUCAAGAGAUCUCUUUCUGCUGAUAUGGAAACGUUGCCUAAACUCUUACUAUAUCUUUGAUCCCAAUGGUCGAAAUGAUUUGUGUCAACGCGAUUUUGUAGAUGGGAAAUGUUCUCUAAUGGCAACACGAUUCACCGAACAUUUGGUUCAUUUGAUUAACAAAUUUAGUGACCUGACGCCCGAUGAUGAGUUUAGCAUCUAUGAAAUAUCAUUAGCCCAAUAUGGCAAGCUGAAAGAGCCAAAAGUGAGGAAAGACACAAAUAUGGUAUAUCAUAAGCUCUGGGCGGUGGUUAAUGAGCAUUUUGCUGUAAAACCAGCUGGUAAUAAUGGCCUGCAGCAACCGAUAUCGGGUAAUGAGAAAAAUGCCUCAUUGGUUGUCUCACUAAUAGCUCUAAUAUAUUCCGAAUUCGAGUUGGCCAAACUCUGGAGGCCCAUGACCAUAGAUGAUAUCAUACGCUAUGGUGUGGCCUAUUACAAGACAUUGCGUAAGAAAUUUCGCCUGGAUGGCAAACGUUGGAAGAACAAGAAGCCCGAAUUAAAUGUGGUCGAUUUACCUGAAAUGUUUCUAAUGGGUGCAUUCAAGGCCACCGUGCGUAAGAAUCCCUUCAUGAUCAAUGGCCAUGUGGCCGAUUGUAAAAGCUAUCUGGAAUCACAAUUGACAAUGGCAUUGCAACAAUUGUUCAGUACACCACAAUGGCCAGCGGCUUUGCUGCAAAUUGAUAAUUCUGUUCUAUCCAUUUGGCGAGAUCGUGAAUUUUUCUAUGUCUUUGAUCCAUUUCGUAGAAAUCGAACCGGUUUGGUGAUCGAUCCGGAUGAUUAUCGCAUCAAAGGUUUGGCCGUAUUGCAAAUGCAUUCGACAUUCGAUUCAUUUUGUCGUGUUCUCUAUCUGAAUGCAUUGAAAAUGCGACGUGGUGGCAAAUUCUUUAUCCAUGGCAUACGUACAGGAUGCAUUAGACCGCUCCAAGUGAUGACACAGAAAACGAAUAAAUUCCCAGCCUUACAGAUGGGUUUGCCCACCUUUACGGAUGAGCCAGAGCCAGCGGAAUUGAAGCAAAAGAAGAGUAUCGAAAGUAUACCCGAAGCGGAACGUAUGCCCAUCACAGAUGAGAAGGAAAUGGCCGAAGAUCUGAUCAAUCAGAUAAUCAAUGAGAUUAUAAAAGAAUUGCCAGAGCCACAAUUGGAACGUCCGCGUGUGUAUAGGCAGGCCCAGAAGGUUCUACUGCGUACGGAUAAGGAAAAUCUGAGAGCAUUGCGCCUUAAGAUUAAGCGAGGAUAUGAAUUGGCCGGCGAAGAGGAGGAAGACGAAGACUUGCAGCGACUUCUUACCCUUGAAGAGGAAUUGGCUCUCAAGAGCAAUUUCCUUACACUGCCCGAUGGUGCUUGGAUUAUUAAGGGCACCACUCAGUUGCCGCAAUUGGAUGAGGAAAUGGCCAAAUUGAGCGGCCUAUUGGCUGGCCUUGUGGCCGUUGCCGUUUCAGCCAAAUAUAAGAUAUCCACAUGGAAUGCCGAUCUCAUUGAAUUCUCGCUAGAGUCGCCCAAUCAAUUUGGCGAUGAUUAUCAGAAUUAUGAAUACAUUUUGGCCUGCCUGUUGGCCAAAAAGUUACCCGACAUUGCAAUCGGUGAGAGUAACUUUAGCAUGGAGGUGACCAAAGUGGUCAAGUCAUCGAUUAUGGUGCCACUGCGUGAGGUUCUGCUCGAAUUGCUAAUAGCCAAUACUCGCCUUCUGCUGGUCUGUCAGCGUUUCUCCUGCCUGAUUGUAAAGCGUUAUAAUUUCCUCUACAUGUUCAUUGGCUUCCCUUGCAAUCCUCUCGGUUUUCGUAAAGGUGGUUCGGGUCCGGCUUGUCUAUUGCGCUUCGUCGAAUUGGAUGCCCUGCUGCGGCGCAUUGAGUUUGGUUGCAAUCCUCAAGGUUGUACGGUCAUGAAUUUCAUUGUGGCUGCCAUUAAGGUGGUGGAUAAUAACACCCAAGGACGUUUCCGUCACUGGGGUAAGGCCCUGGAGGAUGCCGAAUAUGAUCAGGAGGCUUCACGUAAGAAACGUUUGAAGGAACAGCGUCUGGAGAAGAUGCGUUAUAUUGAUGAGGAAUUGAAAAAGGAGAAUCGACGUAUUCAAAUGUUCUUGGAGGCCAAACAAGCACGCGAAGAUCGCAAAAAGGGCAAAAAGGAUAAAUCCAAACCUGAAUACAAGGACACCGGUUUAGAUGAGGCACAUGGCGAGGAGAACGAAUAUGACGAACUAGGCAUGGAGGAGGAAGAGGAAGCUGAGGGCGAGGAAGAGAUUGAGUUGAAACAUCAACCAGGCAAACGUCUACCCAAAGAGAUACGACGACCAUAUAAGCCACGGCCCAUACUCUAUGGCUAUCGGAUGCGCGAAAAGGAUUGCAAUUUCAAGAUACAGGGCAGCAUGGCUAUGGAGGGACGUGAUGAGGGCUCAUUCUCAUUGAUUAAACCCUGCUAUUUUGCCUCCGCUUUGGCCAUCAUCAGUUGUUCGUUGCGUCCAUUGAAUCAUUGGAAUUCUUAUCGCAUCGAUCGAGUGAUAACCAAUGCCAAGGCCAUUGCUUCGCGAGUUUGCGAAAUGGAAUCGGUCUUUGAGCGUGUCGUGCGUCAUGUCACGGUCGAUGAUUACGAAUUCGAUAUUUGGAUACGCAGUUUCGAACCCGCUGGCAUGUGGACACCAGCUGCUGGAUCCAAGAAGAAAAUCUCUGGCGCUGCUGCAAUGGCUAUGUUUAAAAAGAAACUGGACAAAUCCUUGGCCACCAGAAGCUAUUUGCUUCUAUUCACCGCAAACGGCAGCUAUGCCAUGUACCAUGAUGAGUUCUAUCAUCUCUUUGAUCCCUAUGGCAGCAUGGAGAAACCAGGUGGGGGUGAAGAGGAAGACGAUGGCGCCGAAGGUGGUGGUGAUGAGAAGAAAAAGAAGAAGUGCCCAAAGGGUCCCAAGCGAUAUCCUGAGAGGAAUACAGCCUCAUGGAUUCUCUUUGCCGAUGUCGAUGGCCUCAUUAACUAUAUCGAUGAACGUAAUGCCCAACCGGAAUGGAAAGAGAAGUGUCAAUAUAAAUUCUAUGUGGUCGAUAUUCUAUCGUACAAGAAGGCUGCACCCAAUGCUCGUAUCCUGCAGCUACUAACCGAUCUUUCCAUACCAAUGACAUGCUCGAAUAAACACUACGGACGUCCGGAAUACGAAAUUUGCGCCACAAACGAAUCACUGGGUUGGCUGGAGCUGGAGAAUUGUCUGCCUGUAUGGAGUCGAUUGAAUCGCCGCAAUACUGCUGGCAAAUAUCGCAAUUUGCCAGUCAGCAAAUUGAAGAAAUUCGAUGUCGAGAUCGAAGGACGCCUCUGGUCACUGUGGGGUAAUCUCCAUCCUGAGGCACCUGUCUUCGAAGACGAAUUGCGUGGCCGUCAAUAUUUGGCCUGCUAUGUGAUGGCUUGCUGUGCGGCAAGUGUCUAUCGUCUGAUGGAUUGGAGUGCCCAUCUCCUGGACACGAUUGUUGUAUGCGGUGACAAGUACUUUAAGGAGAGCAUCGAUCAAAUUUCCAAAGAGGAUUAUGAAUUCUCGCUGGAGAAUCUAAACAUCGAUUGCUCCCUGGAGGCCAUCAAUUUUGUGGUACACAUCGAACAUGUGUGCUAUGGCAAAUUGUAUCGUGUACCCACAUCGAAUCGUAUGAAUCUAUCCGAGGCAUUGAUCUAUUUCUUCAGUCACUAUCAAUAUGGCAUUGUGAUGGUGAGGAAGAGGGCCUUGGCCAUUGGUUUCUCGCCGGGACACGAUGGUGGCUAUUUCAUGUACGAUUGCCAGGAAAAGGAUCAUCCUCUGUUCCCCAAGGCACAGGGUGCUUCAUAUUUGCUGCGUACACGACACUUACAAGUUCUUCUCUACUGCAUUGUGGUGACCCUCAAUGUGCCCUUCUAUAAUAUCGAUUUCAGUAUACACAAGGUGGAAAUGUUGCGCGAAGGUGCCACUGUCGAGAACGAGGGCGAAGAGGAAGAGGGUGGCGGAGCCGAAGGAGGCGAAGAUGAUGAACAGUAGUAGUAGUAGGUAGUAGUAGUAGAUACUACUUGAAUGUGUCUCAAUGUGUAGUAGCAAAUUAUUUAAUUCAUUUUCCUUUUUAUUUUACCCAAAAACGGCAGAAUAAAAAACCUAAUAAAAAC